AUGAAAGUCGCAGAAUUAAUUAUCGAUGGUUUUAAAUCAUACGCAACAAGAACAGUGAUAUCUGAAUGGGACCCUCAAUUUAAUGCUAUUACUGGUCUUAACGGUUCAGGUAAAUCGAACAUUCUGGAUGCUAUAUGUUUUGUACUGGGUAUUUCAUCGAUGAGUACUGUCAGAGCAUCGAAUUUACAAGAUUUGAUCUAUAAGAGAGGUCAAGCUGGUGUAACUAAAGCUAGUGUUACCAUUGUGUUUGAUAAUUCUGAUAAAUCAAAGGCACCAAUUGGUUUUGAAACAUCUCUGACAAUUUCAGUAACAAGACAAAUAGUAUUGGGUGGUACAUCGAAAUAUUUGAUUAAUGGUCACCGAGCACCACAACAAUCAGUACUGCAUUUAUUUCAAUCAGUACAAUUAAAUAUAAAUAAUCCAAAUUUUUUGAUUAUGCAAGGUAAAAUCACAAAAGUUCUCAAUAUGAAACCGACAGAAAUUUUAGCUUUAAUUGAAGAAGCAGCAGGAACAAAGAUGUUUGAAGAUAGAAGAGAAAAGGCCAUAAGAACGAUGGCUAAGAAAGAAACCAAGCUGCAAGAAAAUCGAACCCUAUUGAAGGAGGAGAUUGAACCUAAAUUGGAAAAACUAAGACUGGAAAAACGUACUUUUUUGGAUUUCCAAGAAACACAGACUGAUCUGGAAGAAACUGAUAGAGUAGUCAACGCAUAUGAUUAUCACAGACUUAAAUCACAAAAGGAAUUAUUUAAGGAAACAUUAUCAAGUAAAGAAAAUAAAAUAAAAGACUUAAAUUCACAAAUCUCAAAGUUAGCUGAAGAAUUGGAAAGCUUAAAUGAAGAUUUUGAAGAGAUCAGAAAAAAGAAGAAUGCAGAAAUGGAUAAAAAUAGCAAUCUUUCGAAACUUGAGGAGGAAGAAAAUGAAAUUAUUAAUGAAACUUCUAAAUUGAAUGUUUUAUUAAAGAUUUGUUCAGAUAAUUAUAAAGAAAAUGUCAACAAAAUACAGAUUCAUAAAAAAAUUAUAGAGGAUUCUUCUAUGGAACUAGCUAAAAAAGCCGAUGUGUAUAAGAAGUCUAAAGAAGAUUAUAAAACGUUAAACGAUCAAUUAGAUACACUUAAAGACUUGCAUAAAAAAAAAGAAGAUCUUCUUUCUACUUUAUCCACAGGCAUUUCGUCAACUGGUCUAACAGAUGGAGGUUAUGAAGCUCAACUUGGGAAAGCUAAGAAAAGUUUAAAUGGGUACAAGAUAUCCAUCAAGAAAUCUAAUAUGAAAAUUGACUUAUUGAGGAAAGAAUUAGAAAAUAAUAAGCCCAAGUUAAUUCAAGCUGAAAAAGAAAAUGAAGUAAAUAUUCAAAAUAUAAAAGAUUGUGAAAGUAACUGUUCUAAACUUGAAGCUGACAUAGCUAAUUAUGGUUAUGAUCCAAAACUCAUUGGCGAGUUAAAGAGAAAAGAAAACGAAAUACAACAAAUUUUAUAUAAACUCAAUAAUGAGAAUGAAUAUUUGAGGAGAAAAGUAUCUAACGUUGAUUUUUCUUACUCUAACCCCGAACCAAAUUUUGAUCCAAAAUCAGUUAAAGGUGUAGCUGCUCGUUUAUUCACGAUUGAUAAACAAAACUAUGACAGUGCAACUGCUUUACAAGUAUGUGCAGGUGGUAGAUUAUACAAUGUAGUCGUCGAUAAUGAAACAACUGCUUCUAAGUUAUUAGAGAAGGGUAGAUUACGUAAACGGGUUACGAUCAUUCCUUUAAAUAAAAUCUCAGCAAGAACUAUUGAUAAUAAUACUUUAAAUUAUGCUAAACAACUUGCUCCUGGAAAAGUUGAAUUGGCGUUGAACUUAAUCGGGUAUGAAGAUGAAGUCGCUAAAGCAUUGCAAUUUAUUUUUGGCAGCAGUUUGAUCUGUAAUGAUGCUGAGACAGCAAAAAAAAUUACAUUUAACCCUAAAAUUCGCACUAGAAGUAUCACUUUAGAUGGUGAUGUUUAUGACCCAGAAGGAACUUUAUCUGGUGGUAGUAGAACCAACACAAGUUCUAUCCUUGUUGAUAUUCAAAAAUAUAAUGAAUCUACAGAAAAAAUCAAUAAUUAUCAGAAUGAAUUGAAAUCUAUAAGAAAAAAACUAUCAGAGCAGGAAGAUAUAUAUAAACAAACAAAAGAGUUGCAAAACCAAUUGUCUCUUCUAAACCAUAAACUGGAAAUUUCUAAAAGAAAUUUUGGUUCAAAUCCAGCUUCUCAAGUACUAAAGAGAAAUAAAGAUAUUCAAGAAGAAAUACUUAUUUGCGAAAAAGAAAAUGAAACGAGUUAUGAAAACUCCAACGCAUUGGAGAAAGAAAUUCAAAGUAUUACGAAAGAUCUGAAUGAGUUUAAUAAUGACAAGGGAUCUAAGUUGAAAGAGCUUAAAGCUGAAGUUGAAAAGUUGUCAAAGGAAAUUGAAACAAAAGAUAGACACUUAGAUGACAAGACAGAAUUAUUUCAAACUUUGGAAUUGGAAACAGAACAACAUAAUACUGAUAUUGAAACCAAUACUGAGUUGGUAAAACAAGCUGAAGAUACUUUAAAGGAGUUAAAAAUCGAAGAAGAUAGUUUAAUUGAUUCCAUCAAAGAACAAAAAAAUAAGUUGGAAACUGUGAGAGCUUAUUUAACAAAGGAAAGAAAAAGAUUGUUUGAUAUUGACGAAGAAACCAAAGAUUUAGAGAGGUUAUUAAAAUCUAAACACCAGUUAAAAAAUGAUAAUGAAAUUGAAUUGCAACAGCUUGAACAUGAGUUGAAAAAAUUCAAAAAUGAUUCCACUAAUAUUGAGGAAUUGAUUAGACGAUUGAUUGAAGAAAAUGAGUGGUUGAACGACGAUAAACUUGUUGAAGGUGUAAUUGGUCAACAUAGAGGUAUUAACUUAGAAGAACAAAGAGAACGUGCCAAACAAUUGAGAGUAAGAUUUGAUAAAAUGAAAGUCAAAGUCAAUACAAACAUCAUGAGCAUGAUUGAGAGCGUAGAAAAGAAAGAAGCAGCUUUGAUUACUAUGAUUAAGACAAUUGAGAAAGACAAGGUUAAGAUUCAAGAUACAAUAACAAAAUUGAACGAAUAUAAAAGAGAUACUUUAAUUAAAACAUGGAAAAAGGUCACUGUUGAUUUUGGUAAUAUUUUUGCGGAUCUACUGCCAAACUCUUUUGCAAAGCUUGUUCCAAGCGAAGGUAAAGAUAUCACUGAGGGUCUUGAAGUCAAAAUUAAAUUAGGUAAGCUAUGGAAAGAAAGUCUGGUUGAACUUUCAGGUGGCCAAAGAUCAUUGAUUGCUCUUUCUUUGAUCAUGGCGUUGUUACAAUUCCGACCUGCACCAAUGUAUAUAUUAGAUGAAGUAGAUGCAGCGUUAGAUUUAAGUCAUACGCAAAAUAUUGGUCAUUUGAUCAAGACAAGGUUCAAAGGUUCUCAAUUUAUCGUUGUAUCAUUAAAGGAAGGGAUGUUUAAUAAUGCAAACAGGGUCUUUAGAACCAGAUUCCAAGACGGUACUUCUGUUGUGAGCAUUAUGUAG